AACAACAAUUUUGUGUUCACAUCCCUGGCAUAACAUAUAUUAUCAACAACCCUAAAAACAACCAGCAGGUAAAAAGGGGAAUAUAUAUUUUGGUUUUGCCAAUUCCGUGUCGACCGAUAAAGCCCUUUACGAACUAAUUACCUACGAAGGCUCUUGCCCGACUCUGAAGCCGGAAAAGCCAUGUCGGCGUUUACGGAAUCCGCGCUAUUAAAAAAACUUGCGGAAUUGAACAGCAGCCAGCAGUCGAUCCAAACUUUAUCCUUGUGGCUGAUUCACCACCGCAAACACAGUGCGGCGAUAGUGAAGACCUGGCAGCGGGAGCUAGAGAAUGUGCCGGAGCCCAAGAAGCUGACUUUCAUGUACUUGGCCAACGAUGUGAUUCAGAAUAGCAAGAAGAAGGGCCCGGAGUACGGGAAGGAGUUCAGCCAUGUUCUGGCAAAGAUUUUCUCCCACAUCGGGGAGAAAUGCAACUCGGACAAACUCUUGGGGAGCCUGGGCCGCAUCUUAAAUAUUUGGCUGGAGCGCGGCGUUUACGAUCCGAAGACCAUCGCUGACUGGCGUGGGCGCUUGCACCGGGAAGCCAGCACUGGUGGGGCCGGCAGCAGCAGCAAUGGCAGCAAGUCAGCUGGAGAUCAAGAGAAACCAGAGAAAGAGCGGGAGCAUAGAGCGGAGAAGUCGGAGCGCCGCGAGAAGCGCAAACACGAGGAGCGGCACUCCAAGUCGAAGCGUUCUCGACAACACCACCACCAAAGCAGCGGCAGCAGUGCCAACGCUGUCCCAUCUGCCGAGGAGCCAUCCGGCGCAGUGGGGCAGCCAGAAAACGGACAUACGCCGCCCUACCUUCCUUUGGGCGAACCUCCUGAACCAGAGGAGCUGAUAAAGGCGCUGACCAGCAUCGAGAACUCUGCCUCUAGCGAUGCUGUGGUGCGGGAGCGGAUUGCCAAGCUUCCCCAGGAAAUAUCCGAAAUCAGCUGCAUCAGCAAGCUGGAGGACAAGGACAAGGCCAAAGCAUUGGCGAAGCAGGUUAACGAGGCUGUGGAUCUGCUCAACGACUAUAAUGCUCGACUGGCUGCAGAAAUGGAGGAACGCACCAAGCUCGCUACCAUGCUGCGUGAUUUUCAGGCGGAACAGAAGGAGCUGCUGUCCCAGGCCGAACAACGCCUCGAUGAACACAAGAAGAAGCUGGCCAAGAUGCUGGGCCUGCAGAAGGAGAUCCACGACCACCUCUCCAACCUGCCCGACUUGACUCAACUGCCGGAUGUGACUGGCGGACUGGCACCCCUGCCCUCCGCUGGCGAUCUCUUCAACGCACUGCACUGAUCUGUUGCCUGAUCGUGCUGCCCAAGAGCAGUUACCUAAAGUGAAGCAUAGAGUUAUAUAAAUAUACAUAUAUAUAUUCAGUUUUCCCCGUAUUCGCAUUGUCACCCUGUCCUCCCUGGCUCUAAUCCAGUCACCUUUUAUUGACCGUUUAAUAGAUCAUACAUUUGCAAGCCAUUUAAA